AUGCUUGGUCGACUCUUUACCGGUACCAAGAAGGACGAGGCCGCCAAGUCCACGCGCCCUCCCAAUGCCACUGGCGGGGGCCGCUCGGCGGCUGGCGACGCAGCACCCGGUGGCGGUGGCGGCUUCUUCAACCUGCCCCCGACCGCGGCCAAAGCCGCUGGCUUUUCGAACCCAAACAACCCUGCCUCGUACAGCACGUCGCCGUCAACGGGGCAGUCGAAGCCAUCUUACGGCGUCACGCCGCCGCCGGCGCAGCAGCCGCAGCAAGGGUACGCCCCGUCGCUCUUGUCGUACCAGCGCAAUCCAUCAGCCACGUCACCAUCGCCCGCACCGCCAUCGCUCUUUGGCGGCAUGCACAUGAAGCAACCCGACGCAGCAGCUGCACCUGUCGACGCACCAAAGCCCACAAGCCUGUUCAACGGCCUCGACUUGGGCGGCUCGGCGGCCCCAGCACAAGCGCCGUUGAGCCUCAACCUAUCCUCUGGGCCAUCGCCCACGCCAGCCGCAGUCGAGCCGCCUGUUCAGAAGCAGCGCGCGCCGCGCCCAGGAACCUUCAACUACCUCAACGUCGCCCCGACCGACGUCUCGUCGACACCCGCGGCGUCCAUGCCGAUUCCCGCGCCGGCCCCGAUCAAGAAGAAGAAGAAGCCAUCGUUCCGUCCUGGCUUUGACCGGCAGAGCUCCGAAGACACGGGCUCGCAGCGCGGAGACGAUGACGACGAUGGACGGUCGCGUGGCUCGGUGCUGAGCGGCCUCACCGUGAACCCCGUCAUGCCCGAGGUCCCCGGCCGACUCCACCGUGCAUCUACCGGCCGCACUGGCACGACACCAACGCGAACAACCGCGCGUUCGUCGAGCUCGGCCAACGACAGCCUCAGCGGCCUCUUGGACCAACUCACGAUCGUCAACGUCGGGCCCGGCGCAGCAGGAUACGCGAUGCCGCCGCCCGUCCAAACGUCCAUGCCGACGACGACACCGACGACAGUAGCACCCACAACAACAGCGGCGGCGACGCCCGUGCACCGGAAGAGCACGCCGAGUCCGCGCCCGAGCCUCGUCGUAUCGCCGGCGGCGCCACGGCCGUCGUCGCGCCAGCCACCGGUGGUUGCGCCCGUGACCCCCGAAGGUCGCCUUGUGCAGCUCAUCCGCGACUACGACGCGACGUCCAAGAGCUUUCGCGACGCGAUCGUGCAACUCUCUCAAGAAGACGCGCGUCUUGUCGAAAAGAAGGCGAUGCUGUCGCGCCAGCUCGCCCAAUAUGCGCUCGACUUGCAGUCGGUCGAAGCGCAGCAGCUCCAGGCCGCCGAAGACGAGGACUUUGAGCGCGCAGACGCGCUCAACACGACGAUCGGCAGCGUGCGCCACUGCAUCAUGCUCUCGCAGAGCGACUUGCGCAAGGCCGAGACGGACCUCGCGGCGAUCACCAAGCAGCGCGAGAAGCUCAUGGUCCACCACGUGCGCACGACAAAGGGCGUGCUGCUAGGCAUCCAAAAGUGCGAAGACGACCGGUCGGCCGCGUACGCCGAGCUCUCGGCCGCCGCCAAGGCGUACAAGGCCACCGAGCGCCGCCGCUUUGCGUUCGAACAGCAGCGCAUCGCAACCGAGCUUCACCACGUGACGGUCAACAUGGGCCACCUCGAGGGCGAGAAGCACGAGAUCGAGUCGUCGAUAGCGUCGCAGUGCACGGCCGAGACCGAGGCCCAGACGCGCCUCUUGGCCGAGAAAGCCAGCGUCGAGGCCGAGAUUGCCGAGCUCGAAGCCAAGCUCCUGGCGGCGCGCGCGCACGUGACCGAGAUCGACGCGGGCCUGGCGACCGCCGACGCCGGAAUCCAAGUCGUCCGGCACAAGUUUGCGCGGCAGCUCAAGCGCCUCGUCGAGCGUGAGAAGGGCAUCCUCAAGACGAAGAAGGAGAUCGAAGCGGACGACUUGGCGCUCGGGCGGCAGCAAGAGGCGUUUGCGGCCAAGAAGGCGAGCUACAGCGCCGAGAUGAGCCAGCUCGCAAGAGACGUGCUCGGUGUGCAAAAGGAAGUCCGCAUCGCGACCAUUAUGGUGCGGCUCACGGACGAGCAGAACGCGCGCCGGGACGCGCGCGACGCCCGCGUCAAGAAGCAAGAGACGCAGCUGCACGCGUUGCGCGAGGCGGCGCAGGCGGCCGAGCAGCAGUUCAAGCUCCUCGGCCAUCAGCUCGACGAUCUCAAGAAGAAGCUGCAGACGAACCGCACGGUCAUCAUGACGGCCGGCACGACGUUGCCGCAGCUCGAGACGGAGAAGAAGGCAGCGGCCGCCGAGCGCAACUUCAAGGAGGCGGCGCGGCUCUCGAAGGACAUCAAGCAGCUCGAGAAGGACCGGGCGACGGCCGAAGAGCAGAUUGACGUUCUGGGCAUGGAGAUCAAGGACAUUGACGACCGGAUCCACGUGCGCGAAGACGAGUUCCACGCCAAGCAAGACGAGCUCCGCGACGUCGAGAAGAACUUGGACCUUGAGUGGCUCGACGUGCUGUACCAAGUGCACGUCGACCUCCGGAGCGCGCUCCGGCAGCUCGCCAAGUACGACGGCGAGAAGUGGUCGACGAGUGACGGCGAGAGCGUCGACUUUCGCGGUGUUGCGCUCACCUUGGUGCAAAUGGAGUUUACGGCCGUCGUCCAGGAGAUCGAGGCGCUCGAAGACAAGUACAAUUUGGAGCCGCACGUGGCUGAGCUGCCGCCCGAGGUGCCCGAGAAGGAGCUCGUUUUGCUCUCGGAACCCACGGACGACGAGAGCGUCAAGGACGACGACGACGACGUCGAGUCGCUGGCCGCGGAGGCGAGUUUUUCCGAAUCGCCCAACGCCGCGCUGCCGCUGGCGCGGUCGGUCUCGGCCGCGACCGUCGGCGACCUAACGACGAGCGACGCGAUCAAGGACAAGAUCGCGUCGAUUGAAGCGCAGAUCGACGAGGCGACCGAGAACGAAGACUAUGAGCUUGCGGCGCGCCUCGACGACGAGCUCGAAGAGUGGAACGCGCGCCUGCACUUGGUCGAAGAGAAGGAAGGCGAGCUCAAGGAGAAGCUCAACGCCAACGACAUGCACAAGCAGGUCGAGGCGCUGCAGCACAAGAUUGAGCAACUCGCCGAGCAGAUUGAGAACGCGACGGCGGAAGAAGAGUACGAACUCGCGGCGGCGCUCGACGAGGAGCUCGUGGCCGCGCAGACGCAGAAGACGGACCUCCAGCUGACGCUUGCCAACCUCCCGGACGACGAAGACGUGCCGCCGCGCCGCCUCUCGGUGCAAAGCUCUCACUUGGUCGAAGACAACUCGGACGACGAAGACUCGGACAACGACGAUGUCGAGACGCAGGACGCUCCGUCGCCGGUGCACGUGGCUGAGCCGACUCCUGUGGCUGCUGAGCCUGCCCCGGUCGCCAGCGACGAACCAGUUGCCGUCCAACAGGAGGAAGCGCCGGCGGCUCCGACGUCUCUCUUUGGAGGUCUCUCGGUGGCCCCGACGACGGAGCCAGCAGGGAGUGCUCCGUCGCUUUUCGGCGGUCUCUCGCUUGCCCCGACGACGACGGACGCAGCCCCAGCACCGGUCGGCUUGUUUGGUGGUCUCUCGAUUGCCCCAACGACGACCGAGCCGACUGGUGCGCCCGUGAGCUUGUUUGGGGGGCUCAACUUGGCGUCGACCGAUGCGCCGGUGGCCACGGGCGGCUCGCUCUUUGGGGGUCUCGUCGUCGCUGCCCCCACUGAAGCGUCAGCGGACGCUUUGACCGAGACCAAGGUCGAAGAAGAGAGUGUGCCGGCGGACGAAGCGCUUUUGGGCGGCGACUACGUCAUGCCGUCGGACGCACCGUCGGCCAGCGAUGACGUGGACGACGACGAAGUGGACGACGAUGAAGAGGACGAAGUGGAUGAAGAGGACGAAGUGGAUGAAGAGGACGAUGACGAAGUGGAUGACGUUGCACAUGACGAGGAAGAAGAAGAGAAUACGUACAUGGCCCAAGAAGACACGCCCAUGUCGGCGGUCGAGGAGAUCUACAUGGAGCCAGCGUCGUCGCCCGUGGCGGUCGUCGAGCAAAUCGACUUGGCGGCCCCGACGACGCUCGCGCACGAGAUGCUCGCCCCUGUUGUUGCGCCGCUCGACGAGGGUGUCGCGAGUGAACCAGAGUCGAGCGACGUCGCUACUACACCUCUGGUCGUCGAGGAGACGGACGACGCCGCCGUUGAAGAAACCGAGAUGCACACCGUAGACACUGUUACCAACGAGAGCGCCGCGGAUGCCGACGAAGCCAGCGCCGUCCAUGACGAAGUCGGCGUCACUCGUGACGAAGGCAGCGUCGUUGCAACGCCCGCAGUCGUCGAGCCUGUCGCGGCCCCGUCGCUUUUUGGGGGUCUCGCACUCUCCAGCGAGGCGCCGGCAUCGCUCUUUGGGUCGCUAACAGUGGCGUCGCCAGAGCCGGCGUCGCUCUUUGGUGGUCUCUCGGUGGCGGCGCCGACUGUCGCCAGCGAUGCUCCGCUCUUCGGCGGUCUCGACGUGGCCAAGCCCAUCGUCAAGGACGACGAGUAAACCGAUGCAAAUGUAAUAAAGUC